GGCACAGUAGAGUACAGGAUCACUAGGUGGAAGACAGGAGCAACUAGAAAUGCCUGUGGACAUCAGUGGCACCUGGGACAUGGUCUCCAACCACAACUUUGAUGGCUAUAUGGUUGCUCUUGGAAUCGACUUUGCCACGAGGAAGAUAGCAAACUUGCUGAAGACUCGGAAGGUCAUUGAGCAAGAUGGCGAUGUCUUCACCUUUACAACAGUUAGCAGCUUGAAGAACUACAAAUCUUCCUUCAAGCUUGGGGAGGAGUUUGAGGAGAUGACCAAAGGACUGGACAACAGGAAGUGCCUGUCCCAGGUGAACUGGGUUGGGGACCACCUGGUGUGUGUGCAGAAGGGUGAGAAGAAGGACCGUGGCUGGACCCACUGGCUGGAAGGAGAUGAACUCCACCUGGAACUUAAGUGUGAAGGUGAAGUCUGCAAACAAGUCUACAGAAAGAGCAUUUGAUCUGGCUGUUAGUUGGCAGGAUUGUUGUGCUGCAGUUUUCAACAUUACUCUGUCUUGUGUGUGUGGUUUUUUUUUUUAAGGUUCUUUUAAAAGCUUUUGUUGCAGCAGUUGUCUGUGUAUAGUACAGAUUCCUUGGUCUAUAGAGGUUCAAAGCAUGAUUUAACAGUACUUGUCCUAGAUGGUUUCAGUUGCCUAGGUGAUAAACAAUCCUUGCUAUUCAAGUUGGAUGGAGCUGGCAUGUAAUUUGUGUGCUACUCCCCUAUUCUAGUACAGUAAAC